AGAAUUUGAAAGAAAAAACACAAAAUGAUGAAAUAAAAAAGGAAAUGUUUGACAUAAGUAACAGUAAAGCUACUCAAAAACAGAAGACAAAGAAACGCAAAAUUGAAAGUAACAGCCUGCCUUUGAAGGCAAAGAAACGUAAAAAAUCGAAUGCAAAUAUCUGUGAAACUGGAAAAAAAGAACAAAAUGUAGACACUGAUGAAGCAGAUAUGUCUGCUUGGAAGGACUGUUUUGUACCUGAACCUGUCUUGAAGGCACUUUCAGAAUUAGGAUUUACUUAUCCUACUCCUAUUCAAGCUUUAACUCUUCCUUCAGCCAUCAGAGACAAACUGGACAUUUUAGGAGCUGCUGAAACUGGAAGUGGAAAAACUUUGGCCUUUGGUAUUCCAUUAAUUCAUUUUAUCCUGAAAGAUAAAAUGACGGAAGAAUCUGAUAUCAAACCUCUUCGAGCUCUUAUCCUCACUCCAACUAGAGAACUAGCAAUUCAAGUAAGGAAUCACUUGCGAGCAGCUGCAAAGUACACAGAUAUAAAGGUUGAAACUGUAGUAGGAGGAAUGAGUCAACAAAAACAAGAACGUUUAUUAAAGAAGUGCCCAGAUAUUGUGGUUGCUACACCAGGAAGACUGUGGGAAUUAAUUGAAGAGGGAAAUCCACAUUUAAAUCAAGCUCCGGAUAUACGUUAUCUGGUGAUAGAUGAAGCAGAUAGAAUGGUAGAAAAGGGACAUUUUGCAGAACUUCAACAACUGUUAGAGCUGAUAAAUAAAGACGAAUCAAAGGAAAGGCACACUUAUGUAUUUUCGGCAACCCUCACUCUAGUACAUGAUAUUCCAAAACGCAUUGCAUUAAAGAAGAAAAAGAAAUUCAAACUCACACAAGAUAAAAAGAUUGGUGAGUGUAAACUUGCUUCUUUUUAAAUACCACAGACUCUGAUUUACAACUUUUAUGAUUGGCCUAAAUUUUCUAUUAUAAUUGCAUGAAAUGCUAUAAUUAGGGAUUGCAAUCCAGCAGUGUUUUCAAUCAAGCUGGAUUUUUGCUGGACCAACAUCAAUCCAGCUGGAUCCAGUGCGGAUCCAGCGCAGAUGUAUUUUUGGUGCAAUAAAGUGUUAUCUAUUUAGCAUUUUAUGCUUUUUUUAAAGA